CAUGUUUUGCGUAUGCAUACGAGUAAGCUCACCUUUCUAGGUGCGCUUCGAGGAACACCAACCCAAAGGCCGCCCCCGAGGGAAAUAAGCUCGCUGGCAAUUGCGGGUGUCCGUCCUCAUUGCGGUAUGGUUUGAAGCACUCAGCGCCAUCGUCAUCAGUGCCAAAGGCAAAACAAAAGGUGUAUAGACGAAGCGCAGCAAGAAGCAGAAGCAGCGAGGCAAGAGGCGGCGAAGACCCUGAGGCUUUCUGCCAAGCUUCUGCCCGUUGCUUUUCUUCGGCAGUGCUUCCUAGAUAGGUCUGCUUGGAUCUCUUGGCGGGCCAUGCCAGUGCAAUGGGCCCAACCUACGGAACCGUCGUUUCUGCCUCUUCAGCAGUUCUCUAUAGACCUGUACCGCAUGAUGUCCAGUGACCGGACCAAUGUGUUCAUCUCGCCUUUUGGAGUAGCUAUGGCGUUAGGUGUCGCCUUGGUCGGCGCCAGAGGUGAUACAACAGCUCAGAUACUGCAGGCUUUGGGAGUACAAAACCAACUGGAACUUCUUCAAGAAUUUGACGACAUUGGACGCUGUCUCGGACGUCUUCCAGAAAACCACACCCAUCUGGCCAGCAAAAUGUUCUUGAACACCAGCCUGGAGUUGGCGGACGCUUUCAAGGACGCUGUGCAGCAGGACUACUUUUCCCAGCUGGGUAUCGUCAACUUGCAGGGGGAUCCCGCGCUUGCGGUACGGGAAAUCAACUCGUGGCUUCAAAAAAUAACGGGCAACAAGCUGGCUGGUAUGCUGCUCCUGAAGGACAUUGCUCCGACGACCCGAAUGCUCAUGGUGAACGCUACUUUCCUGCGAUGCCUGUGGCUUGAAAAGUUCUCCGAGCUGUACACGGCGCCCAUGCCCUUCAUGACGGACGAUGGAGAAGUCCUUGUGCCAACGAUGUGUUCCAGGAGGGUGUGCAAUUAUUGCCACGUUGAACACCUCUCCUGCAGGGUUCUGGAGCUUCCUUGCAUGCAUGACCAACUGCGUCUCCUGAUUCUGCUUCCGGAUCGCCAGUCAGACUUGACGUACCUGGAGGAUAAUCUACUUGCCGAGGACGUGCCACAGUUUGAGAAGAACUUCACCAGGAACCCCUUAGAGGUCACGUUGCCAAAGUUUGCUCUGGAGCACCUAGUGUUCUUGUCUCCCUAUAUGAGGGCCGUGGGCAUCUUGGACAUGUUUGACAAGGAUCGUGCAGACUUCACUGGAAUGUCUGACACCAAGGGCCUGUGCGUACACGACUUCGUAACCAAAGCGAGGCUUGAAGUGACGGACGAAGAUCCACUACCCCUGAGCGUUAACGUCACCCCGCUUCGGAUCGGGGAUCGCUGUCAGCUUCCCACCUUCGAAGUGAACAGGCCUUUCAUGUUCAUCAUCAUCGAGAGUGUUCGCAAGAGAAUCUUAUGUCUGGGCUGUCUGAAAAACCCGGCUUCGAAACAGCAAUAAAGUGAACGUUAAGUUUGACACUGUU